UCGGUUUGGAUGACUGCGUCUGAGAACACUCUAACUUUAUUAAACAGGAAAUUGUCUUUGCAACUACUGCCAUUUCUUCCACUUUCAUCAACAUUUAUUUCACUCACACGCUUCAAACGACGUCGUUUUGCUUAACAUUCUCAUGGCCCUCUUGAAGACCUCCACCACUCUCUCCUUCAGAGCAACCGCUUUUCCGCUCCAUGGCCAUACCACCAACACCAGGAAGUUGCAUUGGAAGCCUACUCAAGCAGCUUUGACAUCCAGUUUCCACCUUCCUAUGCGUAGCUUUGAGGCUAAGAACAGGACUUCCACAGAUGACGUAAAACGUCUGAGAUUGAUAACUGCCAUUAAGACACCAUACCUACCCGAUGGUCGCUUUGAUCUUGAAGCAUAUGAUACCUUAGUAAAUUUGCAGAUUGAAAAUGGAGUUGAAGGUGUCAUUGUUGGUGGCACAACUGGAGAAGGCCAAUUAAUGAGCUGGGAUGAACACAUAAUGCUUAUUGGGCACACAGUCAACUGUUUCGGAGUGAAAAUCAAGGUUAUAGGAAACACCGGAAGCAACUCCACAAGGGAAGCAAUCCAUGCCACAGAGCAGGGUUUUGCUGUUGGGAUGCACGCUGCCCUUCACAUAAACCCUUACUACGGCAAAACUUCCUUGAAUGGUUUGAUUUCUCAUUUCAAUACCGUGCUUCCGAUGGGCCCUACCAUCAUAUACAAUGUGCCUUCAAGGACCAGUCAAGACAUUCCUCCACAGGUGAUUCAAACCUUAGCACAGAGUGCGAGUUUAGCCGGUGUCAAGGAAUGUAUGGGAAAUGACAGGAUCAAACAAUAUACAGAUAAUGGCAUUGUUGUGUGGAGCGGGAAUGAUGACCAAUGCCAUGAUGCUAGAUGGGGCUACGGAGCGACAGGAGUGAUAUCUGUCGCAAGCAACCUGGUUCCCGGUUUAAUGCGAGAACUCAUAAUUGGUGGUGAGAAUCCGGCGCUGAAUUCUAAGCUCAUGCCUCUUGUUGAAUGGCUUUUUUGCGAGCCAAACCCCAUCGGUUUGAACACAGCUCUUGCUCAACUCGGAGUUGCUCGGCCGGUUUUCAGGUUACCAUAUGUACCUCUCCCUUUGAAGAAGCGGAUGGAAUUUGUCAAUUUGGUGAAGGGAAUCGGUCGAGAGCACUUUAUUGGAGACAAAGAUGUUCAGGUUCUUGAUGAUAAUGAGUUUAUCUUAAUUGGUCGUCAUUAACUUAGGUUUUUCCACUUUAUAGAACUAGUUUUAUGACUUCUAUCAGUGUAUCCUACUAUCUUGUUUAGGUGUUUGCCAAUCUUAGAAGAACUAGAUGAUUAUGUAUAUAUUAUGGAAACUGAUAAAUCUUCCAAGUC